CAUUAAGUUAGCUAUCUUGCUAACUGUUUAGCCAAACAAGUUAAAUCACGGCGAUACGUAAAAUAGCCACCCAAAUGCCUUUGUUUUUACCGAUAUGAUACCAGCAAGCGUAAUUUCUGACACUUAUGUUUACCUGCCAUUUAUUUAUGGUUAUUUAAUGUAGCGGGAAAGGCAAAAGGCAGACCUCUGGUUGAAUAACAACAGAUACUUCGGGAGCAGACUCCAGCUUUCAUUGUUGUCUUUUUGAGCUUUUUGAGGAGAGACUGGAAACUUUACUCUGGUGAUUUGGUCUGGUUAAACAUCAACUGGAGGACUGAGGUUCAUUUAAAGCUCAAAAUGUCGAUUUUGGGGCUUAAAAAGAAACAACCUAAGACUUUCAAAGUCAAAGUCAUUACAAUGGAUGCUGAAAUGGAGUUCAGUUGUGAGGUGAAAUGGAAAGGAAAGGACUUGUUUGAUUUAGUGUGCCGGACGAUCGGUCUAAGGGAAACUUGGUUCUUCGGACUUAGAUACACCGUGAAAGACACUCAUGCUUGGCUUAAGCCUGACAAACGGGUUUUGGAUCAAGAAGUUCCAAAGGACUCUCCUAUAACAUUUCAUUUUCUUGCCAAAUUCUUCCCUGAAAAAGUGGAGGAGGAGCUUGUUCAGGAAAUCACUCAGCACCUGUUUUUCUUACAAGUAAAGAAACAGAUACUAGAUGAAGAGAUAUUUUGCUCUCCAGAGGCCUCAGUCCUUCUGGCAUCAUAUGCUGUUCAAGCCAAGUAUGGGGAUUAUGACCCAAACUUCCACAAGCCAGGCUUCUUGGCCCAAGAUGAACUCUUGCCUAAAAGAGUGCUGAUGCAGUAUCAGAUGACACCAGAGAUGUGGGAGGAGAAGAUCACAGCUUGGUAUGCUGAACACAGAAACAUAGCAAGGGAUGAAGCUGAAAUGGAGUAUCUGAAAAUAGCACAGGAUCUUGACAUGUAUGGGGUUAGCUAUUUCCCCAUCACACAAAAUAAAAGAGAUAAGGAGCUCCUUCUUGGCGUCGAUGCACAGGGACUUCACAUCUACAGCCCAAACAGCAAACUGAACCCAAACAAGUCUUUCCCCUGGAGUGGCAUCCGCAACAUCUCCUACAGUGAGAAAGAGUUUACUAUUAAGCCAUUGGACAAAAAGAAGGACGUAUUUAAAUUCUACUCCUCACAACUCCGAGUCAAUAAGCUGAUUUUACAGCUUUGCAUUGGAAACCAUGAUCUUUUCAUGAGGAGGAGGAAAGUGGACUCCAUUGAGGUGCAGCAGAUGAAGGCUCAGGCCAAAGAGGAGAAAGCCAGGAAAAAGAUGGAACGUCAGAUACUGGCACGGGAAAAGCAGUUGAGAGAGGAUGCAGAACGGGCUAAAGAGGAGAUGGAACGCCGUCUAUUUCAGCUGCAGGACGAGGCUCGUAUGGCUAAUGAGGCAUUGCUGCGUUCUGAGGAAACAGCCGACCUGCUGGCAGAAAAGGCUCAGAUUGCAGAGGAAGAGGCCAAGCUGCUGGCUCACAAAGCAGCAGAGGCUGAGCAGGAGAGACAGAGGCUGGAGGUUACAGCCCUCAAGACCAAAGAGGAGCACAGACUGAUGGAGCAGAAAAUGAGGGAGGCAGAGCAGCUGGCUGUGAAACUGGUGGAGCAGUCAGAGAGGAGGUCUAAGGAGGCAGACCACCUAAAACAGGACCUGAACGAGGCCAAAGAUGCAGAACGCAGAGCCAAGCAAAAGCUCCUUGAGAUCACCAAAACAACAUACCCAUUGAUAGCUGCAUACUCCAGCCCCCCUCCACCACCUGGUCCUGAAAAUAUGGAAAUGCAGCUUGAGAUGGCAACCUCACAUCGGCUGGACUUCAAAGACCCUGACAUGAAGAGAUUGUCCAUGGAGAUAGAACGUGAACGACUGGAGUACAUGGAAAAGAGCAAGCACCUGCAGGAUCAGCUGAAGGAACUGAAGUCUGAGAUUGAGUCUCUGAAGCUGGAGGAGCAGCAGCAGGCAGGCAUCUACAGCCUGAGGGGCUAUGCUGAGCCUCCCUACAUUCCCCACAGCAAUCGGAACUCUGCCUACAUGGCUCAGAUGGCCUUCUUUGAGGAGGUGUGAAUGGACAGAAAUACUACUGUAUAAGGGGAAGGAGGGAGCAAGAGAAAUCAUCACUACAGUGUGACGCAUUCACCAGAGCAUGUAACCCAACAAUGUCCAGCACACACCCUUGCACAAAAAGCUUUGGAAUUAAGUGCUAAGUGCUAUUAAUAUGUUAUGGAUAGGUAUAACAAUAGAAACGAAUCUUAUGCACAGAUCAAAACAAGUUUUAAUGUAGCCACCAACAGCUUGUGCCUUUAAGCAUUUCUUACAGGUUUGCAAUGCCAAAAAUAUUAUGUCUGUAAGGCUGGUAGAGUUGCUUAGAUAUGUUGAAAAAAGGGAUGGAUUUGAAAUAUCUAGAAACAGAAUUCAAAAUUUUGACUUAAGCUUAGCCUUUGGUACAUUACGUUUAGCCCGAUUUGAACCCCUAUUUGCCCCUUCAGACAAAUUUUCACAAUCUGAAGCGAUUUCCCAGGUCAGGAGCUUGAUCAGAAGCGAUUUAGAGCAUGAAUGAUCGGAUAGUGUUAGAGGGGACACAAGUCCAUCUUUAGCCUCUGCCUCAUUCAUAUUUAAAUUAGCACAGGGUUCAUAUCUAAAUUACUGCCAGGUGUUUACCUUAAUUGGUGCAUUUCAAAUAAUUUUCAGCGUCUGUAAUUUUCAUUAUAGAAUUUGUUUUAGUACUUGAUAUGUUUUUUGUUUUUUUUUUCUUUUCUCCAACCAAACGUUUUUUUUGUUGUCCUACACUAGUGCCCUUUAUCAUGUCCAUGGCUGAGAAUGGGAUGCAUGUAUGACAUCGAAGCCUAUGUACUGUUUGUGAUUAAAGUCCAAGCAUUUUACUGUGAUGGCGUAAAAUGCACAGUGUAUUCCUGGUAUAACACUGCUCAGUGAACAGUCCUGAUGCACUACCAUUUUGGCAGCUCAGAUCCUGCUUUACUGUCCAUAUUCCUCACUCAGUGGGCAUGUAAACCGGCACUCUAUGCCUGUUUGCAGGAAAGGAAAAACAUAUGCCAAUAUACAUUAGCAUACUGUUGUACUUUGUGAGAUAACUUUGCCUUUUAAACCUUUUAUGAAUUUUAGACCCUUAGAGUACUUCUUUAUGGUUUUAUUUUUCCUGUUCACUGCUGUGGAUAAGUCUGAUCUGACAUAACCGAGCUGUCUGGCCCAGUUGUAAGUGUGUUUAAUAGAGACUGUCUUUGAUGCUCUAGCUGGCAACUAUAUUUAUAUUUUAGCAUACUGUUGGUGUGGAGUUUAGUAGAACAGUUCAGAUAUUGUUUUAAUUGUUUUGUUUUGUUGUUUUGCUUUAACUGGUUAGCCAUGCAAAAAUCCCCAAGCACACCAAGAGAUAAAUUAGAGAGAAACUCACAGGGCUUCAAUAUUCCAAACACUAAGUGUGCUCAUGUAUUUUGGAAUAUAAGCGCACCCCCAACAAUGUUUCACCCAAUUAUAAGGCAGUUGUAUAUUUCAACAGUUUAAACUGUUCUGUCUCCAGAAUGUGUCAUGAAGUGUGAAGUGAGGUAGUCUUGUAUUUCCACUUGUAAAGGGAUAGUAGUUUUAAUUCUGUUUGAAUGUGUCGAUCAUGUAAAGCAGUGACCACGUUUACAUGUGUAAUAUUCUCAGAAUAAUGAUGUUUAUUCUGGUUAAGAUUGGUUUGUUUGUUUGUUUUUAAUGAGACAUUUUGUUUGAGUCCUUAACUCAAGUAUUCUUUUUUUAUUACGUGGUUAACUGAAAAUUAUGCCUAAUAUCUGUCACAUAGCAAAUAGAGCUAACCCCCCCCCCACAUGAUUAUGAUUAUUGACAGGUAAAAAAUUUGCUGAUCUUGAUGAUGUAUUUGAAUUAGCAGCACCUUGCAAAUUCACUGUUCUUACAAGUGGUAAGAUUUUUACAUACUUUCAAUUUCAAAAUGUUAAACGCUAAAUAUCAUUCAUUCUUUUAUUGUUUUUCUGUGGUGUUUACAUGGGCAGCAUGGAGUUGGUAUUUAAUGUGAUGGUGUAAAUGUGGUCAUAAAUUAGAGUGACAGGGGAUGUUUAAUGUUUAGUAUUCACACAGCCUAUUGGCUAUUUCCAAAGUAAGAAAACUGUUCAGAUUUGGACAAUUCUUCAUUAUUAACACUUUUUGUUGCAUAAUUAUCAUGAUGUCUUAGUGUUUAGUGAGAAACAUUCCUGUGUUAAUAGUAGAUUACCAUAUGCACGCUAUGCACACUAUCUUUAGAUGUCUUAAGAACAUUUUACAGCAGAAGGCAACUAUUCAUGUUUUAAUGAAAUGUGCCAAUCUCUGGCCUUGUACCAAAUGCUAAUUAUCAUUACGCAUACCACCAAGUUCUUUUGUUUGCUGCUCACUAAGUGCCUUAUUUUGGGGGAAAUAUCAACAUAUUUUAACCUCUUGAACACUAAAAGUGCUUCUGGAGAUUGAAAGACACUCCAUGUAAGUCUUUGUCAGAAGUGAGUUACAGUAUUAUGGCUUUUUGUUUGGAACUUGAGCUACAGUUACACUUACUGACAUGGAGACCUCUUAUGCAUUGUGACAUAUAAACUAAUUUGCUAAUAAAAAGGCAACUUUUUGCAAUUAC